AUGAUGAGAGAUAUUUCUGCGUUGACCAUCGAGGAGAGAGUGGUGUACAAAACGAAAGCAUCCAUCAUCGGAUCGCAAUCCCAAAUCCUGAAGGCGUCGUCGUCGCCGGCCAAACCGCGUUGCUCCGUUCCAACGACAAGGCAACCAACCCAAGAAGCUUCAAAGCCUUCGCCGCGAAUCAACCGAACCCCUUCCAUCCAUCAUCCCCCAAGAGGCAGAGAGCCGGCCCAAUCCCCACAACAACCCGAGAAGACCUCCCAAUCCCCCAAGCGCAGAGGAACCAGGAGGUAGGAGGGAUUCUUCAGCCAGCCAGCGGCCCCGAAUCGCAGUCGCCGGAUCGGCGGAGAUCGUCUUCCUCCCCGCCCACCCGCCACCAUGAGCUUCAUAUUCGGCAAGAAGAAGACCCCAGCCGAGCUGCUGCGGGAGAAUAAGCGGAUGCUGGACAAGUCCAUCAGGGAGAUUGAGAGGGAGAGGCAGGGCCUGCAGACCCAGGAGAAGAAGCUCAUCAACGAGAUCAAGAAGGUGGCCAAGCAGGGACAGAUGGGAGCUGUAAAAAUUAUGGCAAAGGACCUCAUCCGCACAAGGCACCAGAUCACAAAGUUUUAUGCCCUGAAGUCCCAGCUACAAGGUGUAUCUCUUCGCAUUCAGACUUUGAAAUCAACACAAGCAAUGGGUGAAGCUAUGAAGGGUGUCACAAAAGCCAUGGGACAAAUGAACAGGCAGAUGAACCUGCCUGCUCUGCAGAAGAUAAUGCAGGAGUUCGAGAUGCAAAAUGAGAGGAUGGAGAUGGUCAGUGAUGUGAUGAACGACGCCAUCGAUGAUGCAUUGGAGGGUGACGAGGAGGAGGAAGAAACAGAAGAGCUAGUCAACCAAGUCCUCGAUGAAAUUGGCAUUGAUGUCAACUCAGAGCUUGUGAAGGCUCCUGCAACUGCGGUUGCUAAACCGGUGGCAGCAGGCAAAGUUCCUGCUGCUCAAGCUGAAGCUGCAGGCGGGCCGGAUGGCGGAAUCGACGACGACUUGCAGGCGCGGCUUGACAACCUGAGGAAGAUGUGAUGAUUGGAGUUUGGCAAAAUAUUCACACCCUUUGUUGUAGUUUUGUACCAUGAAUGUAUAGCCAUUGCGGCAAAUCCUUCUUCACAUCUUAUUUGACAGUAUGUUUGGCGUUGCCCAUUGUACAUAGAAUAGAAUGUAUCUAGUGCCAUGCACUAGGCUUUGCGAUCUAAUCCUAAUCCCAUUGGGUGCGCUUUUUAGUUA